AUGAGCAGGAAAUUUUUUGCUGACUCCGAUGACUCGGGCUCUGACUUUGACGCAGAGACGACCGAUCUCCCCUUCCCUAAGCCAUUGUCACGGGAGUCUUUCCUUGCCCCCGACUUCGACCCAGCAACUUUUCUUGCUUCUCUCACCAACCGACACCAGACGCUGGAAGAUCUGCGGUUGGAGCUGCGUGAGCUGAGCCAAGGGCUGAGCAAGGAACUGCUUGACCUGGUCAACGAAAAUUACCAGGAUUUUCUGUCGCUGGGAAAUGCUCUCAAGGGAGGGGAUGAGAAGGUGGAAGAGGUUCGGGUGGGACUGUUAGGCUUCCAACGAGAUGUAUCUGCAAUACAAGCCAAGGUUGAAGCCCGGAAGGCCGAAAUGCAAAGUCUGUUGGAGGAUAAGAAGGGUUACCGGGUCAAAACGAACAUUGGAAGAGCACUGUUGGAUAUCGCCGAGCGAAUCGACGAGUUGGAACUGCGACUGAUGAUUUCAGGCCCUGAAAAGGAGACUGGCGUGCCCGAUGCCUCUGACGAUGUCGAUUCAGAAGUUGAAGACUUCGACAACGAAAGCUCGGAUAGUGAUGGUGACUUGGAAGACGACGAUCAUGAAUCCACACUAAUAUCGCUGAAGAGACUACAGCACAACGUCCAAAAAUACGUUUACAUCACCAUUGAGUGUCAGCAGGUAGGCCAGGCGCAUCCUUUUCUGGUCAAUCAAGAGUCUCGCCUACAGAAGAUCAAAUCAACAUUGCUUUUGGAUCUGGACACUGCGCUAAAGCGGGCUAAAAAGACUGGGAAUAAGGGCGAAGCUCGCACAGCUAAAAUCCAACACCUGUACGAUAUUUUAGGGGUGGAGGCAAGCGAAGUACGCGCUGUCUAA